AGGGCUAGGUUUUCUCUUUUGCAUCUGCCCGCCGCCUUCUUCAGAUCUGAUCAAGGACUAAUUUUCAAAACUCAGAUUAUUAUUUGGUUAUUAUUCCGUAUACUUGUCGUUCACAACUGAACUCGAAGCUCGUCGUUCUUCGAAUCUCGUCGUCGACUGCGCCCUCGAAGCUCGUCGUCGACUCCGCCCUCGAAUCUCGUCGUCGUUCACGCAUCAAAUCUCCUCCGUCCUGAACCGAGUCCAGCGCCGCCGGCUCCUCUUCAAUUGGUUACAUUCUCUCUCUCUCUCUAAUAAUUUCUCUCCCUAAAAAUGUUCCGAUUUUGUUCCAAAUCGCCUUUAGUCCGGUUCUUUGUACCUCGGUUUGGACCCGAAUCGAUCCAAUUCGAAAACCAAACAUGGGGUUAUCUAGGGUUCAUUCUAAAUCUAGGGUUUCCUCCAUCGAAACAAGGGGAGGUUUCAAACCCUAGAAGGAGAUUUUCAGUUGGUUUGCGGCGGGGAACCAUGCCUCCAAAGAAUGCGAAAAAGAAGGAAGUGAAGAAGGAGACUGGACUUGGCUUGACUUUCAAAAAGGAUGAGAACUUUGGAGAAUGGUACUCUGAGGUGGUUGUUAAUGGGGACAUGAUUGAAUACUAUGAUGUCUCUGGAUGCUAUAUUCUACGGCCUUGGACAAUGGCUAUUUGGGAGACCAUGCAAACGUUCUUUGAUGCUGAAAUAAAGAAAAUGAAAAUUAAGAACUGUUACUUCCCACUAUUUGUCACCGAGAAUGUCUUGAACAAAGAGAAGGAUCAUAUUGAGGGAUUUGCUCCGGAGGUUGCAUGGGUUACGAAAUCAGGGCAGAGUGAAAUGGAGAUUCCUAUUGCAAUCCGUCCAACAAGUGAGACUGUUAUGUAUCCAUAUUAUUCUAAGUGGAUUAGAGGGCACAGGGAUUUGCCGUUGAAGCUUAACCAAUGGUGCAAUGUGGUGCGUUGGGAAUUUAGCCACCCCACUCCUUUCAUUAGGAGUCGAGAAUUUCUUUGGCAAGAAGGGCAUACAGCUUUUGCAACAAAAGAAGAAGCAGAUGAAGAGGUUCUUGAAAUAUUGGAACUAUACCGAAGGAUAUAUGAAGAAUUCUUGGCAGUUCCUGUUGUCAAGGGGAAGAAAAGCGAACUUGAAAAAUUUGCUGGUGGGCUUUACACAACAAGUGUUGAGGCAUUUAUUCCAAAUACUGGUCGAGGAGUACAAGGUGCCACCUCACAUUGCCUUGGCCAAAAUUUUGCGAAGAUGUUUGAGAUCAAUUUUGAGAAUGAGAAGGGUGAAAAGGCAAUGGUCUGGCAAAAUUCUUGGGCAUACAGCACCCGCACGAUUGGAGUCAUGGUGAUGGUUCACGGAGAUGAUAAGGGUUUGGUUUUACCACCUAAGGUAGCAUCAGUCCAGGUUAUCGUAGUUCCUGUACCAUACAAGGAUGCCGAUACAGAAGCCAUUAUUGAGACUUGCAAAUCAACAGUUACAAAGUUGAACAAAGCCGGUUUCAGAGCUGAGGAAGAUUUAAGAGACAACUAUUCACCUGGUUGGAAGUACUCACAAUGGGAAAUGAAAGGAGUUCCUUUGAGAAUUGAAAUUGGGCCAAAGGAUUUAGCUAAUAAUCAGGUUCGAGUUGUUCGACGUGACAACGGAGCAAAGAAAGAUAUACCUAUGGGAGACUUAGUGGAGCAGGUAAAAGAAAUUUUGUCUGACAUCCAACAGAAUUUGUUUAAUGCAGCAAAGCAAAAAAGAGAUGCCUGCAUCAAAGUCAUCCAUACAUGGGAUGAAUUCAUAGCAGCACUCAAUGAGAAAAAACUAAUUCUGGCACCAUGGUGUGAUGAGGAGGAAGUAGAAAAGGAUGUGAAAGCACGGACUAAGGGCGAUCUUGGAGCCGCCAAGACAUUGUGUACUCCAUUUGAGCAGCCAAGACUUCCUGAAGGAACUCCCUGCUUCGCUUCUGGAAAGCCGGCAAAGAAGUGGACGUACUGGGGCCGGAGCUAUUAGGGGUGUCAAAAUUCUUCUGUGCCCCCAGUUCCUAUUAGUCGACCGAUUGCGACUGAACUCAGAUUCCGUUGUCAUUGGAUUUGCUACUGUACUUCAAAUUUUGUUUUUAUAAUAUGCUGAAUGGGGAUGUUCAUUAGAAACAGUGGAAUUGUUCAGGGGCCAAUUACACCUGCGUACUGGUUGCAUUUUGUUAAUUUCUCAGACGAGUCGAUUCUUCUAUUAUGGGAACACGUUUACAACACCACGCUGAUCCUGCGGCUCACCUCUCGCAAACCUUUGUUCUGAGCUGGUGAGGGUGUCCAUAAUUUGUAUCUUGUAGUAAUUCUCA